UGCCGAGGAGGCCAUCACUUCAUCAGAGCCUUCAGAGUCCAGUGUAGUGCAGUGAAGGCAGCAGCAGAGCGUGAGGUGCAGUGCACUACCAGGCAUCAAGAAAUGGAGCUCCAGGCGAGGUGCCUCUGCGUCGUCGCGAUGCUCCUGGUGGCCGGCCUCGCCGGGCUGGAGACGGCGCACGGUGCGGGGGAGUGCGGCCGCGUCCCGGUGGACCAGGUGGCGCUCAAGCUUGCCCCGUGCGCGGCGGCCACGCAGAACCCGCGCGCCGCGGUGCCGCCGAGCUGCUGCGCGCAGGUGCGCGCCAUCGGGAGAAGCCCCAAGUGCCUGUGCGCCGUCAUGCUGUCCGACACCGCGCGGAAGGCCGGCGUCAAGCCUGCCGUCGCCAUGACCAUCCCCAAGCGCUGCGCCAUAGCCAACCGCCCCGUCGGCUACAAGUGCGGCCCAUAUACUCUGCCAUGAAGUGAUCACGAGGAGCAAAGUGAUGGCUGGCAGAGUGGCACUGGCACCUGAAGGACUCCAAACUCUGACUAGCAAUAUGCCGUUACCUGCGUCAUAUCUUACUUUUCACAGAUCCCCAGAAUAAUGUGGCUGUAAUAAUGCCUGAACUUUGGAAUAAAAGUAUUUCUUUUCCCUGAA